AUGACAGGAUCAAGCUCAGCCAAACCCCAUCCGUCCAACUUCACCAAACUCCAACUCGGUUGCCCCGGCAGCUCCUCCUCCUCCUCUCCAACCCAGAAUGCCAAAGCGGUGACACCCCAGGGGCGUGACCUCCUGAGGAAAGACACUGUGGCAAUGGAAGGAUCGAGCUCAGCCCCACCCUUUCCGUUCAACUUCACCAAACUCCAACUCGGUUGCCCCGGCAGCUCCUCCUCCUCCUCUCCAACCCAGAAUGCCAACGUGGUGACAUCUCAGGAGCCUGAGCUCCCAGGGAAAGACCUGAAGAGGAAAAGAUCAUCACAUGGGGUCGUCCCAUACAACAACAAGAGGCCCGUUCCGAGGCACAAGGAAGAGAAGAAGGACGAUGCUGGCAUCUCCACUAAGUUGACGCUCCGACAUGACCCGUGCAACUACAAGAAGGUGCUAACGACAAGUGACGUCGGUGGCUUGUCGCGGCUCCUGCUUUCGGGGGGCUUUGUGGAGGACCGCGUGGUCGGGACGCCGGGCAUGGAGAUGGUCAAGAGCCCGACCGGGAUGGAGGUCCCCGUGUGGGACGCGGACGACGGAAGCAAGCACUGGCUCGUGCUAGGCCACUGGCCAUCCUCGAAUGCCUACGUUCUGAAAGGUCACUGGAACGAGCAGUUCGUCAAGAGGCUAGGCUUGGUAGCCGGGGACGAGAUCGGGUUGCUCUGGGACCCGUACUCUAGGAGAUUCUUCUUUAAGGUCCUUCACAAGGUUGCUUGUGACGCGAGCAACGCGGCGGCUUGA